AGGACGUGUGAAUCUCUCAUAACUGUAACUACCCCUUUUUAUAAGUCACAAUGAACACAACUAACUAACUAACUAACGCGUUUCAAUCUCUCUUCAAACUCUCUUCUCUGUUUUCAAUCUCUCUUCAAAAAUGGAAGAAAAACAUUAUUCAAAGGCAAAGUGGGAUUGUGGUAGCACGCUAUAUGACUCAUACGAACUCAACUCAUUCAAACAUCAACUUAACUCAGCAAUAGCUAAUUCUCCAAGAACACUUUCCAUGCCUCAUUUACCCCAACGUAGUAGUACUCUUCAUCAUGAACCAACCUCUUCUCACUUGAACAAUAACAACCCGUCGACUUUCAAGAUCUCUAGAACAUUCCAGAAACUUCUUCGCUUUCUUUUCAAGUCCGCCGGUAGUAUCAAAUCCAACAAGGUUUCUAGUAGCUCAUGCAGAAGUAAUAGUUUCCGAUCAGCGGCGGAGAAAUAUCCAAAAGAAGAUCACCGGCGUUUGUGUGUGGUUUAUGAUAAAUAUGAGUCUGAACCGGUUGUUCUGUCUACCAUCCCUGAAUCUGAAUUUGAGAUUGCUGGUCUUUCGCCGGAUAUUAGUGCCUUUGUCAGAAAGUCGGUUUCAGAGCGGUUUACGGCCACCGCUACUAUUGGUAUUUCCUGUCUUUAAUACAAAAUAAGGGUAGAAUUUAGCUCAUGAUAAUUAUGUGUUUGAAUCUUCUGCAACAUGAGAAGCAAUAGAUUUAACGGAUAUAGUUUAUCUCUCUUUUAAUUUAAUAGUUAGCAGAACUAUGCAUCACACACUCCAGGAUUCAAGUGUUGAUAACAUUAGAGUACUGUUUAAUCUCAAAAUAUAAAUACAAAUUAGUACAAAAAUAGAUGUAUUUGAUUAAAUUUUAAAUUAUGUAUAUUAACUUUUACUGGAUGAGGAUACAUCAGUAAUCAAUGCUCUUCCUUGCUAGUUACUA